UAAAUCAAAUUGUUUUUUAUUUGCAUGAAUAUCUUAUGGGACAAGCAAUGAUAAACAUAUGACAAUCAAGCGUAGCCAAUUGACUGAUUGACUGAGCUGAUCCUUUUAAGGCAUGCUUGAAUGAAACUGUAACUCUUGUACCACGUAUGUUGAUGGCUGAAGCUGGCUUAGAUCAAAAAAAGAAGAGCAAGCCAUUUUCUCUCUCUCUCUCUCUCUUUCUUUUUUUUCUUUAAUCUCUUCAUGUUUGUAUCAGAGGCUGUAUCCACUGCUAUUUUCACUAUCACACGUUUACUCUAUGAUGCUACAUUGGGUGUACUGGCUCUCAUUCUGUUUAGUAAGCUUCCAGGUGGAUCCAGUACUAAGUUCUGGUACGAGCAACCUGAUCUUGUAGGCAAAUUGACUUCCCUAUUCCAACCAUCGGGUCCUACAGGAAGACAAGGUGUCAAAUCCACCAAUGCUGUUGGUGUACUAUGUUUAUUUCUCGCAUUGGCACUCAAUAUCCUGCCUACCAUACUCAGUAAACUAAGUCCGAUUCGAACGAUAGAGAUUCCUGGAGAAACCAACGCAACCCUAUCGCCUAUCUCCAGGCUUUUUAUACCCACAUUAACUGACAUCAGCUUGCCACAGAUGUCUGUUCCAUCCACAUCAAAGCUAGCCACGACAAAAUUCUUAUGCAGUUAUAUCAAAAACGGAUGUACAGAUGCCAAGAAUAAUACAAUCGCUAGUAUCAUAUGGGAUCCUGUAGAAAUCAGACCCUUAUCCAUAUUCCAUAAUGCAAGUGAUACAGACGAUGGUGAUGUCAGCAGCUUACUUGUCUCUUUUAAUGAUACUUUUGCCACGUCCACAACACCACAGCAGUACCUACAGCUGGCCAAAAAUACCUUUGGUGCUCAGCUGAAUUACACGGCUGCAUUGUCGUUCAACCAUUGGCUCAACAAUAACCUAACAGGCUUUUAUACGCAUGCGCAGACAACACAAGACACCAGCCUUACCUCAAGCAAGUAUGAUCUUUUGCACGGUGAUCAAUUCACACCUCUGAAUACACCUGAUUUGUCUGAUCUGUUGAGACAAGGAAGAAGAAAAGGAGAAGGUAUACCUACGCAAGGAGCUAUAGAUCGAGCCGAACGAUGGAGUGCCAUUCAUCGAACAGCCACGCUUUCCAGUGUACUAUGGCAAUCUGUCAAUGCCCAUGCAGGAGAAUCAGGAAGUGAUUGGCAAACAGCCUGUUUCUUUUGUCAAUUGAUAGGCAUACAGAACAACUCUGUGGAAGCACAGACCAUUCAACAAAGCCUACUGAUGAAUGCAACCAAUACAUUUGCCAUUCAGUCUUAUGUCGAUCAAGAGUAUCGACUGUCUACCGUACUUUGCCUUGUGGAAGCCAAUGCAACCAGUGGAGGUAUCUCUUAUUGGUGCCUUCAUACCUUUUCACAGCUUUGGAAUGUCUAUCAUGAGCAUAACCCAUAUGCUUUCUUUGGCAGCUACGAUGAUUCUGCUUGGGGAACAGAACAAGUCUCUAGCCAAUCAAGUACGCCCUUUCCUUUCUUCCCUCCACCUACGCAUCUGACAACCAACCGUACGUAUAUACCCAUUGUGCCGAUUUUUGAAAUUCGAAGCAAAGACCAAUGUGAUGCUGAAUGGGAUUAUCAUACGCAAACUAUUCAAGCAUGGAUCACGCAUUGUGCAGAUAACAAUAUGGGUCAAGUCAGUAUCGCUAACCUGAGUCAGAUCGCAUUGAAUAUCUGGCAAUUAAGCAGCACCAUCACUGUGGGCGGCUUUCUAGUGACAGCACAGUAUUUUACGCAUGAAGUAGGGAUUGAUAUUGGUUUAGCUGUUCAGGUUGUGAUUGGUGUGGGCAUUGUACUCUGCUUGUUUGGGCAGAUCAUUCUUCAUACUAUGAUAAGCCCUCUUCAUCGACAGUCUCUCUAUGAAACUAUCCGUGUGAUGGCGCCUAGCUAUAAAGAUCCUUAUAGUUUGCAAAAAGUGUUGUUUCAUAUGGCACCUACCAAUACACUUCAAUUGGUCGAUUCUAACUUUGAUAAAAGGAUUUGUUAUUUAAAAUUAGACAAUGAUAUUAUUGUGACAUUGCCUGAAGAACAAGCCAGCCUCGAUGAUACUGACUCACAAAACUGGUCCAAGAGACAAUUACUUGGAAACUUUUAAAUAAACUAUUACGUCAUUUUCAUGCCAGUCUUCAUGUGAAAGGGCUCUUUUUUUUUUUAUCCUUUUUUGUUUUUUUUUUGUUUCGUUAUGACAAAACCAGUAGUAGACAAACAAUCAACAGGUGCUUCUACAGCACUAG